AACAAGCCACAAGUAACCAGGGCUCCAGAGUGAGAAAGCUCCCCACAAUACACGCCUUAUCUAACCGAUACCGGCUAACUGCCCUAACUUACUAAGGAUAGCUUUUUUAUAUAUAAUAAUAGGAGGAUAACGAACCUCUUAAGAGGCUCCCACACCUAGGAAGCGCGCGGGGUAGGUGGAAUUAGACGGUCCGCAAAUAUUGGGAGCGAUCCGCGGGCCCAAGGGAUGGAAUUUAGGACCCUACCCACCAAACGAUUCCGUUGCACUCUUUCACCCGACGCCGAUCUCCGUCCGGGGUCAGAACCCGGUCAGAGUAGGGGAGUUCCCGCGUCUAAUACUACUCCAGUCUAAUACUACUUUAAUACUAACUAGACUCGAGGGCCCACUCCGAGUACGCCCGACUGACAGGUCGUCGAGGUGAUCCUCGAUGAACAACGACGUCGGCUCUGUGAUACGGCGACCUGUCAGGCUGCUCGGGUGAUGCCGGUGGUGUUCUUGAUACCCCGCUGGCUCAGAACCAGCCUACUGGGUCAGAACGCCAUAUACCAUCGACCGACUUGCUCUUCCUCAGUAUGUUCGGUGACGACAGCGACGACGGCAACGCGAACCGUAGCCACCGACGCGUCAUCCCAUCCUCCUGGUGCCAGUGCGCUAGAGUAGCGGGAGCGUGCGGCACAGCCACGACCCCCUCCGGUCACCUCUUAACCAUCACCGUGAGGAGACUGCCUAACUAAGGAAAACUGCCCUAACCCAGCUGGAUAACAAAAGUUUCUCAAAGUGUUAUCACUAAAUAAAUCUCACUGGCGACAAUGGGCCUAUCUGUGAUCAUAGAUCGGUCCCAGUAGAACGUAACUGACCAUCUUCAAGAACCGGUUGAUCUUGGUAUUAGUGUUAAGGUACCACAGAAACGACAACACCAUAUUUCAGGGCAAGUUGUUGAAGGACUAGCCACUUGAUCGUGUCCAUGCAAGUACUCGCCAUUAGCAAAACGCGAAUAGCCAGAGACUUUAGAGUGGUGGUACCUACCCGUGCGGACUCACAAGAGGUUCUACCACCAGUCACAAGAGAUCCUACCACCAGUCAGUAUAUUUCUCUUCCAAAAAAGAUACAAAAUAUUUAGUUAAGUACCAUUCCCACCGAAUCCUAUACAGAAAAAUAAUUUAAAUCUUGAAGUGUCAGUGAUUAUAGUCACAUUUCGAUCACCGACUUUUAAACUUGCCCUUUUUAUGUAAUUUAGUUGAAGCAGCCAGUAAUUGCGCAUAGGGUCCCGCAACUUAUGCGCUAUAGUAUUAUGGUUUGCUCACCGAUUUUCGAGUCCAGCUAAUUCGAAGCAGUCGAUCACAAUAUCACAUCUCAAAUGAUUCGAAAAGCUGUUCAAACUGUUUUUGAUGGAAUUUAAAUAAGCGUUGCUUAAUAAUAACAAUGACGAUUGCACGAUGUGUUGCUACAAUUAUAGUACGUGUGUGCAAUAGACUAAACUGAUGCACAUUUAUUUGUUGUGAAAGUUUCAAUUUGUACAGUUGUUUUAGAGUGUGUUCAUAAUAUAUCGUAUAAAUGCAUUAAAAUGUUGAAAUAUACUUGAGUCAAGUCAUAUACCCUUAAACACAUAGUGUAUUGUGAAUCCGUAUUGAAAUGUUCAUAUCAUCUCAGUAUUUAUGAAUGUGUCUAUUAAUUAUUAUACCAAUUAGACGAAUUUGAAUAUUAUUUUGUGCAUACAUUUCGUGUUUCAUCAACCACACACGUCUUUCGACAUUAUAGUAACUAGUGAUUAGUGUGAAGACAGAGAUAUUUCAUUUGAAUACAAAGAAGUUGUAAAUGUAUCGGAAAAAUACGACAGAGUUUUAUUUUAUGUAGAUGUUUGGACUGUGAGCAUGUGUCGUUGCGAGCUAAGAGCCACACCGUUUGUGAAACAGUGUUUUGCGGUCUCAAGUGUGGUUCUGAACAUGAUAUCGUAUGGCCUUACAAUCGGAUACAACGCCUCGCUGUUUUCCGAACUCAGAAGAACUCGAGAGAUACCUCUAGAUAUACAUUCAGAGUCUUGGUUGGCAUCUCUGAUCGGAUUAAUGCUUUUCGUUGGUUCUGCAGUCGGGUCACUGGCUAUGGAAACCAUCGGUCGAAAAUACACCGUCCUCUUGAGUUCAGUAUUGAUGAUUUGCGGGUGGAUAUCGUUCAGUUUAGCUUCAUCUUUUCCUGUCUUGUUGAUGGGUAAAAUUCUUCAAGGAACAUCCGUCGGAAUCGGUACCAAUAUGGGAAGUAUUUUAUUGGGAGAAUACAGCAGUCCUAGAUACAGGGGAUCUUUUAUAGCAACUAUACCUACUGCUUUGUUAUUGGGAACCUUAAUAGCACAUAUUUUUGCAAUGUUUUAUAGCUGGCAUGAUAUAUCGAAAAUCCUACUCUUUUUCUCCAUACCCGGAUUAAUUGCAGCUAUAUUUUCGCCAGAAUCACCGAGCUUUCUGGUAACUAAGGGACGUUACGAUGAAUGCAGGAAGGUUUUCCGCUGGUUGAGAGGAACAGACGAGGAUGACGAACUCGAAACAAUGAUCAAAACUGACAUGAUAGCCAAAGCAACUAAAAAGAUCAAUAAAUAUCACUUAACGAAGAUAAUCAAGAACAAAGUGACAUACUUGUUGACAGCUUUUAACAAGAGAGAAUUUCGUAUUCCCGUAAUUAUCACGAUGCAUUUGACGGCUAUAAAUCAGUUCUGCGGAUCUCUGAUAAACGACAUGUAUGCUCUAGAUGUCCACACCGCGUUGUACGGCACUAAUGUCUACAUGUUCAAAGUAAUGACGUCACUAGAUACGCUAAGACUCCUUGCGGCUCUGUCAACUGUUUAUAUAACCAGAAAAUUGGAGCGGCGUUCCAUGCUACUAAUAUUUGUGUCCUUGAAUAUAUUCGUCAAUCUGUGCAUAGCUGGGCACAUUUUCGCAAGAAAACGUGAUCUUCUGCCUGCUUCACAUAUGGUAAUAGGUAUCAUUCUGCAUCAUUUUCAGUGCUUCAUUAUGGGGACUGGAUCUUUACCGUUGUUAUUUAUACUUAAUGGCGAAAUAUUUCCUUUAGAAAAUAGGGGUUUAUGUGGAAUGAUUUCUAGUAUAUUCUGCUCUAUUUUAAUGUUCGUGAACAUCAAAUCAGCUCCGUAUCUGUUCUCCUUGCUCGGUGUUGACGGGACGUUAUGUUUUUAUGCUUUAAUUCUUGUUUAUAGUUUAAUUGUUACUUUUAUUGUUCUACCGGAGACUAAAGACAAAACUCUUCAAGAAGUCGAAGAUGAGUUAAGAGGAUGCACUACUGUCUAUGUAGAUCGUGAAGAAGCGUUUGAAUUAAAGUCAGGAAUUAAUAAUUUAGAAAGUUGUUAAUAAUUAAAAGUCAGGUAUUUUAUUAUGUAACUAUUGAAAUAAAAAACGCUGUGGUUUUUUUUUUUUGCUGAAAUUUUUGAUUUAUUGCAAUGGUCGAAUAAUAUAUUGCAUUAUGCGUCUGUCUUUUGAACCUUAAAAUUGUGGCUACUUUUAUUUAUAGGUCGAUACUUCCAGCCUAUGUUUUGAAGUGGGACAGAAAACCGCCCCAAGUUAGGUGCUAUCUUUUUUCACAACUCUGUCUAGUACAUAGUGUCUUAGUUUGCUAUGUAAUCCAAGGCUACCAUUACUGUAGACGCUUAUUAUCUUUACCACUACAAUGUCACUGUACUAUAUAGUUGUAAGAGUGUAGGAUUAUUAUUUGUUAACACUGAUACGUAAAUAAUUUUCUUUUGUUUUAUUUUACAUAUUUAUUCAUUGAAUGAAACAGACAGUCUUAUUAUAGAGUGUGUAUUGUACAUAAUACGAACUGUAACCCCUUUUCAUAACAAUAAAG